AGACACAGAGCGACCCUUGAGAUUAAAAGAAACCCUAAAAACCUUACCGCUCCUACAACUUCAUCUUCUCCAAUUUUUUCUUUGUUUGUUUUGUUGUGAUCGGAUCGUCUGCUACCUUCCAUUUCCGGCAAUUCAAACCUUGUGUUAAUGGAAAAUCUUGAAGAAUCGCAGAGUCGCUGCGUCUUUGUUAAUACGAGCCUUGGAACCCAUAUAGUGUCUCUCCUCUACAACGAUGACACAAGCUCAGAUUUCAAAGAAAAAUUACGCGAGGAGCAUAAACAAUGUCAUCCACAAAUUGGUGAAAUCGAAAUUUCUGCUUUGAAGGUUAAACACCGAAAUCAGUUUUUUCAUUGCUCAGAUUCAAUGAUUUUGAGUGAAGCUUUUCAAGGCAUCACUAGAGACUGGUUUAUCUAUGUGGAUGCAGUCAGAGUUCUGACCAUUGAAGAUUCUGAACAGAGAAACGAUGAAAAUGGAGAAGCUGAUCAGGAUGUUCCCAGAGAAGAAGGUGUUGUUGGUAACGCAAAGACGACAAGGAAUAAAAAGAGGAAGGUCGAGCAGCAAAAGAAGUCUUGCAAGUAUCAGAAAGCUGAGAAGAUUGAUGAUGUUUCUGUACCAAGGAAAAAACAAGAAUUUGUCGGGGAAACAUCUUUGUCAAGCUCUGUCUUAGUACACAAUAAUGUGGCUCAAGGAGUUGCUUCACUAGUAACAAGAGAUUUACCUAGAUGCACAUGCCAAAGUCUAAUAACCAGAAAGCUGGUCGUAUUGGAUUUGAAAGGGAUCCUCGCGGAUGUCGUUGAGGAUUAUAAUGGUCAGCUCAUUCCAGAUGGUAAAAUAUCAGGCAGAUCAGUUUUCAAGAGACCUUUUGUUGCUAGUUUUCUUGAAUUCUGCUUUGAGAGGUUCGAGGUUGGGAUAUGGUCUUCUGGGGACGUUGGACUGGAUUUUAUGAACUACGUCGUCAUUGGAAAGCGUGCAAAAAACCUGUUGUUCUGUUUCGAUCAACAUAUGUGCACUCCUACAAGGUUCAACACUCUGGAGAAAAGCACAGAACCUCUGUUCCUUAAGGAUCUAAGAAAAGUUUGGGAGCGUAUUGGAACAUGUGUCAGUUGUGGAAAAGUAAAGUACGAUGAGUCAAACACCUUACUGGUUGAUGACUCACCGCACAAGGCCUUGUGUAAUCCUCCACACACUGGAAUCUUUCCUUUCCCGUACCAGUACACAGACCGUAACGAUUCUGCAUUGUCUUGUGAGCUAAUGCAGUACAUGGAAAGGUUAGCGGAAGUGGAUAAUGUACAGAAGUUCGUAGCUGAGAAUCCAAUCGGCCAGGCUGCCAUAAAUGAUAAGCAUGAAUCAUGGCAGUUCUACUCUCAGGUGAUCGAGGAAUAUAAGUAAAUUGAUCCAGGGGGCUCACUGUUUAAUUAGACUCUUCAGUUUGUGGUUAUUUAGGCUCUAAUUUGUAACUCUUUGGAAUGACGUUGUGGUAUAAUGAUCGUAUGCGGUUUUUUGUGGA